CUGUGAAGGAAGUUGAGCGUCGUCUUUUAUUAUCUGUCGUUGAUUCUUGUCUGAAAUGGUUGCAUUGGCAAGAUGAAGUCACUGACAUGCAAAGUCUUGUUCUUAAAUGCCUUUAACCCUCUGGAUGCAAAUCUUUGAACUUUGCUCUGCCAGUAAUCACAUAUACGACUUUGUUCUCAGGAUAUAUGAACGAUCACAGAACGGUGGGGAAAUCUUUCAUGCAGACUACAGCGAUGUUGAAAUGUGUGACUCAGCACGUAUUUAUAACCACUAAACCACACCAAAACCACUUCCUAAAAUUCAAGAGAUAAUACUAUAAUAUCUUUCAGAAGCAUCAUAUGCAUGCAAAAUGUUAUUCCUGAUAAUUAAGACGCACAGUAUUGAUCACUGACUGUUGAGCAAAAAGGGGGAGGACUGUUUACAGGUCUCACAGGUUGUUAUCUGGCGGAUUACCACGGAAUUAUUUAAAUAACAUUGUGGUUAACUGUUUGUCUGUGUUACAGAUUGGUGGAGGUCACAACUCUCAUGAAGUAGUACUCAAAGUGACAGAAAUGGUCAUCAAAGAGUCUCGAGCAACACGUGUACGGCCCUUUAAUGAGUACAGGAAGAAGUUUAACCUAAAGCCGUACACCUCUUUUUAUGAAUUUACUGAUGACUUAGACAUGGCCAGAGAUUUAGAGGAACUCUAUGGUGACAUAGAUGCUUUGGAGUUUUACCCCGGUAUCCUGUUGGAGAAAACACGUUCUAGCAGCAUAUUUGGUGAGAGUAUGGUUGAGAUCGGGGCUCCCUUCUCCCUGAAAGGCCUGCUGGGAAACCCCAUCUGCUCCCCUGAGUACUGGAAGCCGAGCACCUUUGGGGGAGAGACUGGCUUCAAUAUCGUCAAAACGUCUACUCUGAAGAAACUGGUGUGCCUCAACACCAAGUGGUGUCCAUAUGUGGACUUCCACGUUCCACGAAAUGAGGAAGAAGCAAAACCGAGAGAACCGUCUACUGAACUUUAAUGAAUGUUCGUCUCAAGAUAUGUGAUUUCAUUACUCACCAUCAGUUUAUUACUAUGCUGCUUGUGGGAGAUGAGAUACUAUAGUUGCCCAUGUGUUGUAAGUUUCUGUGACAAUUGCAAUCAGAUCGGAUUUAUUGCUCUUGUGUAUAAAAGGUGAUGGAAACUACAUGUGCUAAUUCAGUGGUUUUAAUCCUCCCUGCAGUGAAUAAAGUACUGUACAUUCAAAUCAGUCUACCUCCUGAAAAUACAGCUGACAAAUCAAGUGGUUUCUAGAGAUCUGGUGAAAUCAAUUUACCAUUUAGCUUAAAAAUUCCUCUUUUUUUUUACCUCUUAUUUUCACAGUGGAGGUAUUACAUCAUGUUUCUUUUUUACCAAAGACCAAAUAACAAAACACCUUCUGUAAACAUGGCAUUAACAUUAAAAUUAUCUGUUCAAAGAAGAGAGUCAAUUCACUGUAUGUAAAAAUUAAAAUAAAAGCAUAUAUGAAAUAUAAGUGCUGAAGUACAGCCACACAGAGGAACUAGCAUGACUGUAGACUAUUGUUACAUGAUGUGCAGGUUUUGCAGUGCAUUUAAAUUAGGAAAAAAGUAAGGAGGCUAGACAUGAUUGUAUGUGUUUCUCAUACUGACAGGAUGCAGAGGGUGGUGUAUCACCUCGUAAGUGUGAGAGAAAUGCUCACAUACUAUUGUGGUUUUUGUUGAUGUGAAAAGAAAAAGAGACAGGGUUACUUCUGUGUCUCAAGUGUGAAUUUAUUGCUUACAACUUUAGAUUUGUCAGUAAUGUGCACUGGAUACACGCUGUCUUGUACAGAUAAAGCCAUUUAA